UCGGUUAGAGAAAGUGUGGCUUGUUGCCCUGCAUGGUUCAGCCGGCUGCUCAUGGUUUGUGAGUUUUACUCAGGCAGUCUUUGGGCACAGUGGAGGGGUCCGUUACUGAUGACGUUUCUGGUGAUUUGGAAGAUGUUGUAGCCGAAACUUUAAUAUACUCUGCGUUGUCUUGUAAUUUAAUAGUAACAUACGUUUACAAAUGCGUAGUACGUACUAUAAACCCCAAAAUGGAACAAACUGCACAUAUACCAAAUUGAAAGCUUCAGGUCAGACUAAAGUCUGCGACCCAGCCAUGCCCCAGAAACCCCAAAAGAGUGCCCAGACGGCACACUACAUUGAGCUGGGAAGUUAUCAGUACUGGCCCGUGCUGGUGCCCCGCGGUAUCAGACUGUACACAUACGAACAGAUCCCAGUGUUUCUGAGGGAGAACCCCUACAUCACAGAUGGGUACAGAGCCUACCUGCCCUCCAGGCUGUGCAUCAAAAGCAUCUUCAUUCUGUCCAAUGAGACGGUGAAUAUCUGGAGCCAUCUGUUGGGCUUCCUGCUCUUCUUCUUUGUCGGCGUGUACAACAUGGCCUCAGUGCUGCCGGCCAUCGGCGCCUCCAAAGAGGACUACGUCAUCUACUCCAUCGAACUCCUCUGCUUCCAGCUGUGUAUGCUGUGUUCGGUGGGUUAUCACCUGUUCUGUUGCCACCGCUCGGAGAAGACCAGCCGCCGCUGGAUGGCGCUGGACUACGCGGGAGUUUCCAUUGGCAUCCUGGGCUGCUACGUCCCCGGAGUCUUCUACACCUUCUACUGCAAUAACUACUGGCGGCAGGUGUACCUGGUGACGGUCCUGGCCAUGAUCCUGGCCGUGUUCUUCGCUCAGAUCCAUCCUCAUUACCUCAGCAAGCAGUGGAAGCAGAUGCGCUCGCUCAUCUUCUGCUUGGUGGCCGGAUACGGCCUCAUCCCCACCGUCCACUGGAUCUGCAUCACCGGAGGCUUCUCUUCCGAGCUCGUCCAGGCUUUUAUUCCUCGAAUCCUGGGGAUGUACUUCAUCGCUUCAUUAGCUCUAAUUUUCUACGUUUCAAAAGUUCCUGAACGCUACUUCCCAGGUCAGCUCAACUACCUGGGCUCCAGUCACCAGGUGUGGCACCUGCUUCUGGUGCUGAUGUUUUACUGGUGGCACCAGUCGUCAUGCUUCAUCAUGGCAUACAGACACAGCGAGCCCUGCCCCGACGCCCCCCACCACGCGUAGGACGCUGCUCUGAACGCUGGGAUCCCUGACUUCUGUUAAACUUUUUCAGCUGGUGAAUGGCUGCAGCGUAUUCCAGCAUGUACAGGAGGCGUGGAGGCGCCAUGGACAGACCUUCAGUCCCUCUAUGUCCCCACAGAUGGACACGUUCUUACCUGUAGGAUUGUCCACCUGACCUGUGGAGGAAACAUCAGAGGAGCUCCCUCCAGGAUGUGAGGUGACAUGUGUAGACUGUUUGUAGGUAAACGUCACAGCGGCUGAAACUCAUUCUGCAGUCAAACUACAAAAUCUCACACAAAAAAACUCAAAUCAUCAAGGUUGGCAAGUUUAAGGUCAAGUAGCAUUUUCUUUUUUUAUGAGAGAUGUUUCUUUAAGUGCCUGUUAAUAAAACAUGUAGCUUUUCUUUAAUGAACGUUUGAUUAAUGCCCAACUUUUCAACCAAUUCACUUAUUUGUGAAGGUUGAUAAGACCGUGGUUCUUAAUCUGAGAAGCAUUUCCCCCCCAAAAAAAAACUA